GAUCAUGAAGGCUUAGAUAAAUACCACCACCCCGACAUCAAUGGUCCAGGUCACUCUCAGUCCACCGCCCACCUCAUGUCUUCGAACCCUUCGCUGACGGUUGAUGAGUUCCGGGCAUUUUUCGCCACACUUUCGUCCAAGAACAACACAUGGACUGAACCAGACCCUUCGCGUCAUCCAUCUGAGUUCUGGACGCGCUGGGACCACCUGCUUCACCCUUACAAUUGCACAUUCAAUUUCGGUCACUAUUCUUAUGGCUCUCUUCGGAUCCCCUUGCCGUCCAUCUCACACAUCCUUGUCUCUCGAUCGCCCGAGGGGUCGGUUUCUCAGGCUCACCUGCUCAUGGCAGAGCACACGCAAGAUGCGCGGAUGAUCUCUCUCACUAGAAAUCUUAGUUCCGAACCCCUUCGGUCCCACUCCCUCAAUAAAAUAUUGUAUACUGAUGUCAUUGACGUGGAGAUGGAUGGUGGCUUGUUACUCAGUCCUUUAUGUGGAGGGAUAUCAGAGGGUCUCUUUCCCGCACCUCGACUCGAGUACACCGACGACUUUUUGGAUCUUUUCGACCAAAUCACGGGAUGCCUCCACUUUCUGCACUCCAAUGGCAUCGCCCACUGCAAUCUGUCCUUGGGGGAAAUUCGGGUUUCCAUGCCCUAUAAACGUCCGUUCGAUUGGCGUCUUGCAACUAACUCUGCCGCCUGCCUUGACUCCGAUACGUCCGUUAUUUUCGUCGAAGAGCGCGUGAACCCAAAUCCGGGGAGAAAUGCACCAGAGUAUAAGAAUGGGGCCCCUUUUGAUCCUAUAUCAUUCGAUAUCUAUUGUUGGGGAUUUUGCAUGUCCCAAAUCUGCACUUCUACUUCCUUGGGUUUUGCAACGAUCCAAGGACUUUGCAAUAGAAUGCUGCACACUGAUCCAAAACUGCGUCCCCCAUCCUCGGUCAUCCUUCCCCUCAUUCGAGACGAAUGCUCGGCAUUACGAAGGUGUCUUCGCUCCAGGAAACAUUCGGGCGUCCCAUCUACGUAUCCUUUUAAUUGCAUCGACACAGCUGAUUCGGAGUUCAUCAAGCUUGAAGGCACCACUGAGGAUUACUAUGAAAGUUAUGAUCUCGACGAGGACGGGGAGGUAUUUCCACAAUGGGCUUGGCUUCGAUGGGCCGGAGUAAUUGGCGAGAAAGGAUACACUUUCAACUUUGUACCUGUUCUCUGCGGACGAACUUGGGUUGAUCCGCCGAAACGACAUGCGCUGCUUCGCCGUAACGAGGACGGGGAGCAUUUUCUCCUCAAAUAUGUGGGCAAGGACAAGUUUCCCCGAGAAGGAGAUAUCGUUCAACGGCUUCUCUCCCCAUCGCUCCGGUCUGAUUCUCGAAACAAAACACCUUACGUUGAAGUGCUUGAUAUUGGGCCAGCAUGGCUGAUAAUCAGCCCUCUCUGUGCCACGCUGCAGACUUUUGGAUCUAGUGUUCCGCAUGCUCCCAAGUUGAUAUCCACUGAAGACUUUCUAGGUUUCUAUGAGCAGAUUACUGAGGGGAUCGAGUUUCUGCACUCGCAAGGGAUCGCUCAUUGUGAUAUCUAUCCGCUCAAUGUCAUUACGCAGUAUCCUCCGACUAUACCCCGCCGAUGGUACUUGAUGGACUUGGGCUCCUCCGUCUCGUACGAUAUCAACGAUCCCUCUGCGACGAAGCCGCUCAUCGAUGGUACCCACCGAACGGCUUGUCGUGUCUGUCCUGAAUACGUGAUUGGAAAGCCGUUUGACCCUUUCUUCUUUGAUGUGUGCAGUUGGGGUCUAACCAUGGAGGCAGUGCACAAGGACUCCCAAUUAGAGUUGCCCGUGAUUGAGGAAUUGAUACGAGAUAUGACGGCUAUGGAACCUACCGCUCGCCCCGUGAUCCAAGUUGUGCUCCAACGUUUGACAGAGGAGUGUACCCGACUCAGAGGACUGUUAGCGUCCGGGCAACUGAGCGAAUUGGCGUCAGGAUCGUAUCCAGUGGAUCCCGUUAACAUCCCUUAUGAUCUCUCUGGGUUGCCAGCCGAAAUCUCUCCAGAGCAGCCGAACGAUACUUGCGACCAAGCCAUCACUGUCCCAUCAAUGUCUGGAUUCAUCCUCGACAAAUCGGAGGAUCCCCGUGACCCCUAUGCCGUGGCUCUGACUGUAACCUCGUUUGCAGGAGUAGUAGGCUACCUAUACGAGAGGCUUCGUUCGUUGAUAUUCUAGUUAUGAUGUGUGAAUAUCAAGCAUGUCGUUGUUCAAAAUUUUAGUCCACCA